ACAUCAUUCCUUGGCUCAGCCACCUAACUAUCCUACUCCUAAAGUCAUGGAAUCUGCCAUUAACGUGCUCGUUUCCCAGUUCAAGACUUACGCAGGGAAGGAUGGCUCUGCAAACACUCUGAGCAAAGAAGAGUUUCAGAGCUUGGUCACCUCCCAGUUACCAAACUUUGUAAAGAAUGCCUCUGACCCAGCCACCAUUGAUCAGCUCAUGAACUCAUUGGAUGCGAAUAACGAUGGAGAGCUGACGUUCCUGGAGUUCUGGCAGCUGAUUGGCAGUGUGGCGAACCAGCAUGGCACCUUUUAGCCAAUAAAGAAACCUGAAGCAUUAGUCUACUUGAAGAAAAUCACUUUAAAUUUUACUUUGUGACUUUCUGAUGUAAUUAUAACAUUGCGCAGUUAAUGAUUGUCCCAAGCAGGGACGGCAAAUAAAAGAAAGCAUUGUUUAA